AUGACGUCGUCUUCAUCAUCAUAUAUCAAAACUUCUGAUGAAAAUCAUCCAUAUCAUGAUACUCCAACAUCUUCCUCUUCAACAUCCUUUUCAACAUCAUCGUCAUGUUCAAGUCCUGAUAUUCAAAAAAAAGAAUAUGUCUUAUUAAACAAUAAAUCACGUCGUAAAAAACGUGCUUUUAUACCAGAUGAUAAAAAAGAUCCAACAUAUUGGUCACAACGAUCAAAGAAUAAUUUAUCUGCUAAACGUUCACGUGUUAAAAGACGUAUGAAUGAUCUUGUAUUAGAAACAAAAUUAACGCAAUUAAAUAAUGAAAAUCAAAUAUUACGAGCUAAAAUUGAUAUGUUAGCUAGAAAAUUUGGUCAUUUAACAAAUAAAGAAGAAGAACAACAAGAAGAAGAAGAAUUAGAAAAACUUGAUAAUAAUGAAUCUGAACAAACAAAACUCUUAAAUGUCCUCGAUCAAUCAACAUCAUCAAAAACGCAUCCGACAGAAGAACAAUCACUUAUUGAUAAAACGUCAACAACAGUACCAUCUCCAAUGCCAAUCAAAUGGCGUUUCAAAUUAUUUAAUAUGACAUCUAAUUCUUGA